GCGGCGCGCGUGGAGGCGGCUUGGCCAGACGCGGACGCCCCCCUGGCGAAGCUCUUCCGCACGUGGCAGGAGAAGGCUGGGGCUGCUGCCGAGUCCUUCCGCCGCCCGCUGGAUGCGGGUCCGAUCCUCGAGGAGCUGAUGCGAGAGUUCCCAGGGUCGCUUGGGGUCUACGUCGGCAAGUUCAUGCACAGCGGGCAUCGGCCAACUAGACGGGGGCGGCUGCAGCGUGAUCUGCUCCCGCUACCCUGUCCCGAUCUAGAAGCUUCGGAUUUCACCGUGGAGGAGAUGAUUGACCCAGGCGACCUGACCUCGCUGCAGUCUCGCUUGAGGGUGCUCGUGAUGACGAUGAACUGGGUGGCCGGCUACCGCCACCUGAAGUGGGCCGACGUUUGCGGGCCGGAGCCGAAUGCGGCCCAGCGCUCGGCUCUUCUUGGGAUUGCGCGGCGCAUCUACUCGAGCGUCGCGCCCGAGCCCGUCAUGGCUGGGACCCUCGACUGGUCCGAGAAGCUGAAGGACCGGGCCAUCGCCUACGACGGCUCGGAGGUCUCCACGCCGAGCAGGAUUACGUUCGAGCAGAUCGAGGGCGGCCUGCCGCCUGUGGGGGUGGCCGCCUCCAUCGAGGCUGCGGAUCUCGCCGCGGGCUUCGUGCGGGCGGCGCUGCUGGGCCCCUCCUUGGUCCUCCUGCCGCCGGCGCAGAGGCGCCCCGCGCCCACCUCGACGACGCGCGUCUGGGCGACGUCGCAGGAGUGGGAGCUGGUGGUGAGCGCCCUGUUUGCUCGCGGGAUGGUCGGCCCCAUCGACGAUGCCGAGAUCGCGGCCGGAGACGGGGCCCCCUUGAUUAACGGGGCCUUCGGCGGGGCGAAGGUGCACGACGCGCCGGUCCGCUGCAGCGACGGCGAGGGGCGGCCCGUCCUGCAGCUCAUCGUCAACCUGAUCCCCGCGAACGCGUGCCAGCGCACCAUCGCGGGGGACGCCCCCGUCGUGCCGACGAUGGGGCAGCUGAACGGGCUGGUGCUGGCGCCAGGGGAGCAGCUGCCCUGGAGCGGCGCGGGCCGCAAGGCGUUCUUCUACGUCUUCCAGGCGCCCCCGGCCUGGCGGCCGUGCGCGGCGCUGGGGCCUUCGGUGCCGCGGCGACUGGUGGGCGGCAGCGGCGACGGGCUGACUCGCAUCGCCCUGGGGGUCAUCGGCAUGGGCUGGAUCAGCGCGGUCGGGGUGACGACGCACCUCCACCGCAUCAUGCUGAGGCGGUCGGCCUCGGUCCCCCGCGGGCUGCCGCCUGCGGCCGAGGUGGUGCGCGCCCGCCGCCUGCCCGCGGAGGCCCAGGCAAGCGGGGUCGCGAUGUGGGUCAUCUACAUCGACAACCUCGCGACCGCGGAGAUCGUCUCGAGGGAGGAGGCCGUGAAGCUGAAGGGCAGCAUCCCUGAGCUGCUGAGCCAGGCGUCGGCCUGCUACGAGCGGGCUAAGUCUCCCAGAUCGCCGGGCAAGGACGUCCACCGCGCCCGGCAGGUCUCCACUUUGGGGGACCUCGCGGAUGGCGAGGCCAGGGUGCGCCGGCCGCCGCCGGGGUACGUCGCGGAGCUCACGAUCCUGACGCUGUGGUUCCUGGCGAAGAGGCGCCCGAGCAGGCGGCUGGCGCAGAUCCUGCUGGGGCGCUGGGUCCGCGUGCAGUGCUACCGGAGGCCGCUCGCCGCCGCCUUCGUGAACGCCUGGAAGUGGCUGGCGUCGGGCCGGUCGGGCGGGCUCAUCACCCUGGGCGUCGCCGAGGACCUGUUGAUCGCGGCCGCGCUCGCGCCGCUCAGCGUGGCGGACAUGCGGCUGACCGUCGACCACCUCGUGACGGCGUCCGACGCCUCGGAGGCCGCGGGGGCGAUCGUUCACUCCCAGGGGCUGUCGGACAUGGGCCGCGCCCUUGGCGCCAGGGGCCCGCGGCCCCUCAAUCCGGCCUGCGAGGAGGCCGUCGCGCUGAUCUCCGUUUUCUCGGGGAUCGACAGCGCGCGCCGGGCCUUCGAGAUCCCGGGGCUCGUCCCGGCGGCGCUCCUCUCGUUCGAGGUGGACGCCGAGGCCGUGCGCGUGGCUCGGCGGGCGUUUCCCAGCACCGUGCACCUGGGGAGCGUCGCGGCUGCGGAUCCGGCGCGCCUGGCGCGCCUCCUGAGGGGCCAAGGCCGCAUCGCGAAGGUGAUCGUGAUCGGGGGGUUCCCCUGCCAGGGCCAUGCGGUCAUGGACGUAGCCCGCAAGGGGAGCGCGGACCCGAGGUCGCAGCUGGUGGGCCACAUGUGGAGGCUCAUCGAGGGGCUGAAGCGCGAGCUGCUCGAGGCCACGGUGGACUUCCUCGGGGGGAACGCGGCGUCCAUGGCGGAGGACGAGGUCUUGGCCUUGAACAAGAUGUUCGGCCGAGUGCCGGUGUCCCUCGACGCCGCGGACCUGGGCUGGAUGGCGGCCGAGAUGAAGGCGGCGGCGGAUGGGGCCCGGCCGCGGGCCUGCCGAGUGCGGCUGGUGACGGAGCUGCCGCCCGUCUCUGAGUGGCUGCCGCGCGGGGCCUCCUGGCCCAGGGCCGCUGAAGGCGGCCGCCUGCCAACUUUUGUGCGCUGGGCGCCGCGGAGCUCGCCCCGGCCGCGGCCAGCCGGGCUUCGCGAGUGCACGCCGAAGGAGGUGGCGCGCUGGACGGCAGCGGGCUACGCGGUGCUGAUGGGCUUCGGGCGAGGCCACGCGGUGCCCUGCGUGAGCAGCUCUGCCGCCAAGAGCCACCCCGAGCGCUACGAGGCCCUCCGGCGGUCGCUCGUGGGGAACUCGUUCCAGUGCGUGGUCGCGGCCUGGUUGCUGAGCCACUGGGCAGUGCACCGCUCGCUGCUGGUGGCGGUGCCGUCCCUUCGGAGCCUCUGCGAGAGCUCGAGGAGCUGGUCGAUGGGCCGCAAGCUCUGGGCCGGCGACGUGGAGACGCUGCGGUGCGGGCGCGAGGCC